AUGGCAGCUGCAAUCCUUUCCGACGGCUCCCGAUCCGAGUUUUCUUUCCAUGCACGGCCAUUCCCUAUGUGGACCGUCAGUGUCUCGGAGGUGCUGCGCAUGCGAUCUCCGAUCCAGCCGCAUGAAAAGCUCCUGAGAUCGGGACAGCUGGUGUUGCACGAGCCAGAGUUUUAUACAAUUUUUGUUUCACACCAGUGGUUGGGAAGGCACCAUCCGGACCCAGACGGAAAACAACUCCAAGUGCUCCAGGAGGCGUUGGGCGGCUGCAUCUCUGGAAGGCUGCUGAAGGAAUCAGACUCGGUUGCAAGAUGGUAUGUUGGGAACAACCCCACAUCAAGCAAGGAGCGUCGAGCAAUGCGUGAUGGUUACAUUUGGCUGGAUUGGUUCUGCAUUCCACAGAGCCCAUCCCAAGAGGCAAAGCAGUCAUUCGCCAUACAGUCUAUUGCAUCCUACGUGGGGGAUUGCAGUUUGUUCAUGGCCUUGGUUCCAGGCCUUCGACAUGAAUCUGGCAACGUCUGUGAUUACGAGUCGUGGCUGCGGCGAGGCUGGUGCUUAGCAGAGCUUUGGUGUACCCAACUAUCCAACAGACGAAGCUUGCCCAUGAUUGUCGUACGUGGUCCUGACGCUGCCGAAUUCGUCCUGGCUCUAAAUUGGGUCUACACCCUACCACACGAAGGAGACUUUACCAUAGAAGCGGAUCGAAGUCGCAUCAGGGACGUGCUGACGUCAUCGGUGGAAUCCCGGAUUGCAUUCCUGGAAGCAAAUGAGACAGAGCUUGGCCUUUGCAGGUAUUUGAAAGGCAGGCUUCACGACUGGAAUCCUGGACAUUCCCACACGCCGAGAUCCGAAGAGGACUUUUUGUCUUACUUCGGAUUCCCGAGCUUGGCAAAGGGCUUGAAAGUCAGACAGAUCGGGGCUUUGGCUUGCGCCGUUCUCUCGGACGACAUUCCCAUGAUCCGGAGGCUUGUCCAAGCUAGGGCUUCCGUGGGAUCACGUUGUAAACCAGCACUCGUGAAUGUAGAUGUGCUGACUUGGACGCCCUUGCACCUAGCCGUGCAACGGGGCUCGCGUGCACUCCCAGUCAUGGCAGAGCUCCUGCGAUUGAGGGCAGAUCCUAACUCGACCGAUACCAUUGGCCUGCCAUUGCUGGGCAAUAGUCGAGAUGCUGCCACAGUUGAGUUUUUGGUUCAGCACCAUGCCGAUGUGAACUUUCAAAGUGGAUUGACCAAGGUGUCCCCACUGGGUCUGAGUGCAGCCAGGGUGUCACCAGCCUCAGUUAUCAGCAAGUUUUUGGAGCUGCGCGCUGAUAUCAACGGCAGCGAAGCCCGCGGGGGUCUUGGACAUUCCGUUCUUGUGAACUUAAUCUGGAGUACAUCGAAUCUUCAAAAAGAGGGCGUGGAACUGGCUGCACUGCUUGUCAGCGCAAGAGCAGAUGUUAAUGCAUCGGGUCGUCCAACGGGUCUUUUCCGUUGCCUCGAACUGGGCUAUCGGGCAGCAGUCUGCUUGGGCUGCAGAGAUUCAUAUGCUGCCUUUCACGCAAACAGCAGUUCAGGCCCACUUGGCUACGCGGCUUUCACUGGGCAAGUGCCGAUGGUCUCCUUCUUGCUUGCUUCAAGGGCAGAUCCUGACCUUCCCAAUUCGCGCGGCCUGACUCCAAGGCAGCUCGCAGAUGCCAGGACCCAACACCUGUUCUCAGCGUGCGAUUGUCACCCGACGGAUGAGCGUCUCACAGAGGAGUGCCCUCCCGAGAGGCUGACAGAUUCCAACCGGCAACCCCUGUUUUGCGAAGACCCGCUCAGUUCCCAUGAGUGGGAUCCGCCAACGGAGUGCAUGCAGAAGCCGUUGCGGAGCAGUCCAGAUGAGGCAAGAUCUGGGCCAGCACGUCGUUUUGUUUCUCGGUGCUCUGAGGGCUUUGUGGCGGUGAGGCUCUGA